CUCAAAAUACAUUUUACACAUUCCUCUAGAAACAAAAACUUUCCAAACGGUCAAUAACCAAACUAUUACAUAGCACAAAUUUGUAGAUAGUGCUAGAAUCCGACCGUUGCAACCUCAAUUUCCAUUAACGGUAAUAUUAUCAGCCCUUUUUACUUAUAUAAGUCAAGUUAAACUCAAGUUUUUUGUCCUAACCCAAUUGUCUCUUACACUUAUUUCUCUUUCUAAAAUGGAGUCUCAACAACCCAAUCUCGAAACAUCUCUCAAAAUUCGAUCCGACAACCACGAAGUCACCGUUUUGAACUCACCUCUCAAAACUCAAUCCGACCCUCACGAAGUCACCGUUUUAAACUCUGAAUCGCCUCCUCGGCUGCUCCCUGAAACAGUAAAAAAUCAAGGAUCUCCUCCACGAGUCUCCAUUAACGAUUCUAUGAAGAAAAUCGUGACACCAGAUCGUCUCAGAGUCCCUGUAGCUUUCAAGCACCCAGAGAGGUAUAAAAGUCCAACAGACGCAAUGAUGUCUCCAGUUACUCAAGGUCUCCUCGCAAGAAGCAGAAAGCCUUCCGGUUCUCUUAUCCCACCCAGCUUCAACCUAUCCAAGGCUUAAUUUUUCAAUCAUAUACCAAAUCGAAAACCGGUUUUAGCCGGUUGAUGAAUUUGUAGCUUGAACCGAAUAAAGUUUUUGCAUGGUUUUGUUGGCACUUGCGUUACUGUAUUUUCUUAUGCUCAUAUUCUAUAAAGAGAAAUUAAUACAAAUCCUUUCUCCCCA